UCUAUCAUAAAAAAAGGGAGAAAAGAAUCGUUGAUAAUAAAUUCAAAUAUAAAUUAUUAUUUUGUUUGUCUUAAUAUAUUAUGCCACGAUCAUCUACUUUGAUCAUUAUAUGUGACCAAUCUUUCAGUUUCAAUUCUAAUUAACAAGCAAUCACGUAAAUGAUUUGCCACAUGACUUUUCAUUAACGCAAUGUAAUAAGUAAUAACAUUAAUGCAAUUACGUUUCACUCUUCCAUUAUAAAAAGAAGUAACAAAAAUAUUUCUUCCUAAUAAUUUUGCUUGCCCAAAAAAAAAAAAAUGAAUUGCAUCAAACAAUUUUUCUUGGCAAUUUGCUUUUCUCUAGCCAUAACAUGUCAAGAUCAUGUCUUAGUCGGCGGCACCACCACGAGAGACAUCAUAGUCCCGAAGAUUUCUGAGUGGCAAGUCACGGUUGUUAACGGUUUGACUACUGGUGAAACUCUUUUUAUCCAUUGUAAAUCUAAGGAAGAUGAUCUAGGUGAAAUUAGUCUGAAUUUUAGAGAUAGAUUUUCGUGGAAUUUCGGAGAAAAUAUGCUUCACUCAACUUUGUUUUGGUGCUAUAUGAGCAAAGAUGAUGGUUAUAUGAAUGUAAAGGUAUUUUGGGAUGAUGUUAUUCUGUUCCAUAGAUGCGGUUGGAAGAAUUGCAUUUGGACCGCAAAAUCUGAUGGCCUUUAUCUUUGGAAUUUAGCGAACGGUGAAGAUGUAUUGUCGGAAAAAUGGGAAGUUGGAUGGUGAAAACAUAUUUUUUGCUUUUUUGGUAAUCCUUUAUUAAAUGUAUCUUGUUGAUUUUGGCAGAAUAAGCAAAAACUGAAGUAAUAAAAAACAAAUUUGUCAUAAAUUUCUCUUUUAUUUGGUGUAUUUUUUCGUCAAUGAUAGAUUUUUGUUUUAGUUAUUUAUAUACAAGUCAGUUAAUUACUAGAUUAAUUUUAUGAAAUAAUUACAAAAUCCAAGACUAGAUAAAUGAUCGUUGACAAAAAAAUAUGAU